AUGGUAGGAAAGAGAGAAAAUGUGGCCGCGCCAAAUUGUGACUGGAAGGAUGGGGAAGGCCUUCCGUCGCUGUCGUGCCGGGUGAGGUACGUGACGUCGGCUGAGGAUCCAACAGUGUGCAUGUAUCGAAUGAAGGGUGUUCGCGACAACUAUGUUUUCUCUCAGUUAAAAGCGCAGAUGUUGGCAAGAAAGGCCUGGUAUGUGCCUGCGUGCUCUUCGACAGUCGUGCGUCGCGCUCUGUCGAGUCCAUUCUAUCCUAUAAAGUCUGUACUCUUGACCCCAGCCCUGCUGCGUGAAAUGGCACACAAUAUUGAGAGAGCCAUUCAUCGACGGCCUAAGCUGCUGAAGGCCUACGAGACAAUCGGAUGUGGCAGCCAGGUCGCGCAGGAUGGGACGCUGGAGCAAUCGGUGCCGACCCCUGCAUGCCCGAAGGCAGAUUCUCUGAAGCUUGCCGUCGAUGGGGUUCCCGAAACCCAGGCAAUCGAUGACGACCAAGUGGAAGUUCUCCUUGUCACGGAAAGUCUUUUCAGCGAGAUUCUGGGGAUGCCAGUGAACCACCGCCAGUGCUGUGCAGCAUUGAUCGAUGUGCGCAUGUUGACAGUUGACGCUUUGAGAAAAAUACCUUCACGCAGUGUCACUGAUUCUUUCGCAGGCGAGAGUGGGUCUGCUGUGGCGGAAGCAACGCUCCAGCGCAAAUCGCUUUCGCGAGCCUCAGAAACAACUGCGCGGGGUGAAACAAGUUCUGUUUCUUCCGAUGCCUUGUUCCCGGUGCUUGUUCUGGACGACGUCCAGAACUCAGAUAACAUUGGCACGCUUAUGCGAACAGCCUUUUCGCUGGGCGUCAGGUCUGUGCUUUUGUCUCCCGUGUCCUUUGCAGCGGUGAACGCACGAUCAGCCAGAGUGUCAAUGGGAUCUAUGUUCCACUUGCGGUUGCUGAAGUGUGACCCUUUUACCCCAGACAGUGCUUUGUGCUCUGUGGGCGGCGGGUUCGCCUGGAGUCGUCACUCCGGACUGGAUCUGUCGACUUACCCCUCUGCUCCACGCUCGCCGCUGCCGGCGGCUCUUAGGAAUCUGCGGCUUGUUUCACCUUCCUGUGUUGUCGUCGGCACGAGUCCUCUAGGGGACCCAAGAAUUUUGCACCAGCCAAAAGAGUGGAUUCGUAACCGACGAAACGUGUGUAGGUCACAGGAAAACUCUCCAUCUCAGAUUACUCAGCAGGAUGAACUCGACAGCGAGGGUCAACUUGCGAACUCAGGUGGCUUCGGUUGUUGCAUCUCUGCAAUCGCAGCCGAGAAAAGUCUCAAAGAGGUGAAAUGUCUGCACAGGGAUAGUGCGGCAGGCGAUCCGAAAGGUACAGGUACCCAGGAGAUUGGGGUCGAUGAGGACGAGGAAAUACGUUUGGCUGUAGUGGUGGGAAAUGAACAGAAAGGGAGUUCACGGGAGGUUCUUGACGCAUGUGACGGCAUAGCAGCGAUAGCUCAGGUCAAAGGUGAUUCUUUGAGUGUGUCGACGGCCGCAGCUGUCGUUCUUUACACACUUCAGCAGGAGACUCUGAUCAAGCUGCGGGAACAAGUUCCCUUUGUCCCUGAUGAGGACCUCUUGACUGAUGAUGUGUUAUGA